AAGACGACCAGCCACGAUCGCCCACAGAAGGAGGCGAUCCUUCACUAACAUAGAUCUGAUCUUCCGAACUCCUUUUUUUACGUGGCCAAAUGUGUUUCACAGUAAUAUCAUGCACUGAUUUUACUGUAACUACCCCUGACUGAUGUGCACAGCUCCUCAGAGACAGAGAGGGGUGAGAGAGGGUGAGAGAGUGGAGGGGGUGAGAGAGGUACACGAACGGUGAACAAACAUUGAGAGUCAGAGUCUCCGCGGCAGCACAGCUCUGCGCUCUGAGUGUGGAUGUUAGAAAAGAGGGAAGGACUCCGAGAGAGAGAGACAGAGAGAGAGAGAGGAGCGCUGCCGGUGGACGUGAGUGUGCUCCCGGGCUUCGGAGCGUCUCUCCGGUCAGCUGUGAAUGGGAUUACGGCGGCUCCUCCGGGACUGCAGGAGGAACCAUGCGGCCGCAGAGCUGCCCGCUGCCCUCGGCCCUGCUCCCGCUGCUGCUCGGGCUCUGCAGCGGCACAAGUUUCCCAACUAACAUCAACAUAGGAGGCCUUUUCCCCGGUGACUCCCAUGAGUAUGAGGUGUUUCGUUUCGCCCUGGCACAAAACCAGGACAUCCCCAAGCUGGUGCCACAGGUGGACAUGGUGGACACGAGCAGCAGCUUCGCCAUGACCUACGCCUUCUGCUCACAGUUCUCUAAGGGCGUGUACGCCAUCAUGGGUCUGUAUGACCGGCGGACGGUCAACAUGCUGAUGUCCUUCUGUGGCUCUCUGCACGUCUGCUUCGUCACGCCGUCCUUCCCCGUGCAGACCAACAACCAGUUCGUCCUGCAGCUGCGGCCCCAGCUGCAGGAGCCUCUCAUGGCCCUGCUGGAGCACUUCUACUGGACCAGGUUCGUCUACAUGUACAGCUCCGACUCAGGUUUGGCAGUGUUGCAGAGGAUCCUGGACACGGCGGCAGAACGAAGUUGGCAGGUCACCUCGGUUAACCUGGAUAGUCUCACAGAGCCGGCCUUCAUCAAGCUGCUGGCUGACCUCGACUACAAGAAGGACUUCCAGAUCAUCAUCGACUGCGAGCUGAAACGCCUCAACUACAUCCUCAACCUGAUUGCUGCUCAGAAGAGGAACUUGAAGAACUACCACUACAUCCUGGCCAAUCUGGGCUUCUUGGACCUGAACGUCACAGAAUUUCAGAAGCUUGGACCGAACGUGACCGGCUUCCAGCUGGUGAAUCGGUCAGAUCCAGCUGUGCAGAAAAUCAAUCAGAACUGGCUGGACUUUGACAACAAAGACCUCAAAGUGGCUCGCAGGAGGCUCAAGUACACAGGAGCUCUGACCUAUGAUGGUGUCAGCGUCAUGGCAACGGCAUUCCAGAAUCUGCGGAGGCAACGGAUCGACAUCUCUCGCCGGGGCAACGCAGGGGAGUGCCUGGCCAACCCGCCCGCUCCGUGGGGACAGGGCAUCGAUAUCCAGAGAGCCCUGCAGCAGGUUCGUCUGGAGGGGCUGACGGGUCACGUCCAGUUCGAUGAGCGUGGACAUCGAACCAACUACACUCUGACUGUGAUGGAGCUCAGCCACAUUGGACCCCGGAAGAUCGGCUUCUGGAAUGAGAAGCGAGGCUAUGUGAACACUGCCAUCUACAGGCCGAUGCAGGAGGAGUUUUACAAUGUGCAGAACAAAACCUACAUCGUCACUACCAUCCUGGAAGCUCCCUACAUGAUGCUAAAGAAGAACCACGAGCAGUUUUUGGGAAACGAUAAAUAUGAAGGUUACUGUGCUGAGCUCGCCGCGGAGAUCGCCAAACACGUCGGGUUCACGUACCGCCUUGAGCUGGUAGGCGACGGCAAAUACGGCGCCAGAGACCCCGAAACAAAGAUGUGGAAUGGCAUGGUGGGAGAGCUGGUGUAUGGGAAGGCGGACAUGGCGGUGGCCCCGCUGACCAUCACUCUGGUGCGAGAGCAGGUGAUCGACUUCACAAAACCCUUCAUGUCUCUGGGAAUCUCCAUCAUGAUCAAGAAACCUACCAAGUCCAAACCGGGCGUCUUCUCUUUCCUCGACCCGCUGGCCUACGAGAUCUGGAUGUGCAUCGUCUUUGCCUACAUCGGGGUCAGCGUGGUGCUCUUCCUGGUGAGUCGGUUCAGUCCUUACGAAUGGAACGGUGAGGAGUCUGAUGAUGAAGAUGAAACUGCUCCCUCUUCUUCUCGAAGAGCUCAGGCCUCUUCAUCCGCAGAACAUACCCACUCUCCAGGGUUCUCCCAGGCUCAGGGGCAGAACCAGAACCAGCAGAAGGAAAAGGAGACCCCAGAAUACACCAAUGACUUUGGCAUCUUUAAUUCUCUGUGGUUCUCACUCGGGGCGUUUAUGCAGCAGGGCUGUGACAUCUCUCCCAGGUCUCUCUCAGGUCGAAUUGUCGGAGGAGUUUGGUGGUUUUUCACCCUCAUCAUCAUCUCCUCCUACACAGCCAACCUGGCAGCCUUCCUCACCGUAGAGAGGAUGGUGUCCCCCAUAGAGAGUGCAGAGGACCUGGCCAAGCAAACAGAGAUUGCCUAUGGUACCUUGGACGGAGGGUCCACUAAAGAAUUCUUCAGGCGGUCAAAGAUUGCAGUGUUCGAGAAGAUGUGGUCGUACAUGCGGAGUGCAGACCCAUCCGUCUUCGUCAAGAGCACUAGUGAAGGCGUGAUACGGGUCAGAAAGUCAAAAGGGAAAUAUGCCUACCUGCUGGAGUCCUCCAUGAAUGAGUACAUUGAGCAGAGGAAGCCCUGCGACACCAUGAAAGUAGGAGGCAACCUGGACUCUAAAGGCUAUGGAGUGGCCACGCCUAAAGGAUCCCCCCUCAGAAUCCCAGUAAACCUAGCAGUACUGAAGCUCAAUGAACAAGCCGUCUUAGACAAGUUGAAAAACAAGUGGUGGUAUGACAAGGGGGAGUGUGGACACAAGGACUCCGGCAGAAAGGACAAAACUAGCGCACUCAGUCUGAGCAAUGUAGCUGGAGUUUUCUACAUCCUGAUUGGUGGGCUGGGCCUGGCCAUGCUGGUGGCUCUGGUCGAGUUCUGCUACAAGUCUCGGAUUGAGUCAAGAAGGAUGAAGGAGCUUAUUGAUGCCGCCAUGAUGAGCACCAGCCUUGGCGGGAUAGCGGUGGCAGGAGGAGGAGCGGUUGCUGGUGGUUUAGGAGUUGGACCGUCGGGACUUGGAGGGGAGAAUGGCCGCGUGGUGGCCCACGAUUUCCCAAAAGCCGGAGCUCAGGGUUUACCCUGCAUGAGCAAAGCAGCCGGCCUGGGACUGUCCUCCACAGGCAUGUGAUCCUAGCCAAGACUUGUUAUUGGACAAGACGCUUCUAUCCAUUUACCUGUUUGUCAGUCUGUUGGUGAGGAGAGAAAUAGAAGGUACAAGGUAAAGAGAAAAAGGGAAGCAUAAAAGAAUAAUAAGGAUGAAAUGUCGGGCGGCAAGGGAAGUGAAGAAAGGGGAGGAAGAACUAUAAAAAUGGAUGAAUGGGAAAAGUGUUGAAUUCAGAAGAGAAAAGAAAAAGAUUAGGAGGGAUUUGGCAGGCAGAAGAAGUGUUCAUGUUCACCGUGAAUAACUGAAUACUGCAGAACUCUGAACAGAGAGCACCUGAACAAAACACCUGAAAGAAAUCAAGACAAGCAGCAGGGCUUAACAAACUUUAACAAAAUGAACUGGAAUUACUUUUUUAUGAGCACUGUCUUAAACUGAAGCAGCAGAGGGGGUUGACCAGUGUUUUGGUUGGGGGGAUACCUUUUUUAAACCUCUUCUUGCCCUUCACUCCAGUCCCCUCCUUUUCCUUUGUGCUUCGUCACAUUCACACAGAACACCAUGUCCAGAUCAGAGAGGGCUGAGAAGUUUGAGCAUGAAGACCUUUUUCAGGAACUUGUGCUGAAGAAACAGCUGACAACGCUCUGAUCUGUGAUCUGCCCCCAGAGUUAUAUUCAUAUUAAUGCAGUUUAGGAAUACAGACCGAUGUGUCAUAUGCUUUGAAAUUGUGAGCGUGGUUAUGUGGAGAUAGGUUUACUGGUUAUGUUUAAGUGUCCUGCUUUUGAGUUUGUAUUUAUAAACCAUGCAUCCUGAUUCCUGAAUCCAGAGCGUCUUCAAUAUGAAGCAGAUUUAAUCAGUUAGCAAAUUAUUUCAAGUUUAUUAAAGAGUUUUUUUCUGCUAUGAAGGUGACACGAACAAACUUCAUCAUACAUAACUUCUUCAAUUUUCCACUUUGCUCUGAGAAUUUCACUUUGUCUUCGCUGCUACCAGUGAAGGAAGUCCUGAUUUCAAGUUACAGCAGCACUAAAGGUGCGCCGCAAUGUCACAGGAAUUUACUUGCAUUCAUUUAGGGUUCCAGAAAAUGUAUAAAGACGUAACUCUGGGUAGUGGACAGUAGGCAGUAGAAAUAAGCUUUUUAUGAAGGGUAGCUGGCCUCAACCUUAGCGACAAGGUGAGGAGCUCCACAUCAAAAGGAGGCAGUUGAGUUUUUUCAACAUCUGACAAGGAUGCAAGUAUGGCAAGUUUCUAACAUGUUCUGUUUGCUGCCUAAAAAUGUCCACAAUCAUUACCCUGAACUUCCAAACCUCCUUACUGUCAAAAACCCCACCUGCAGCAAAUUGGUCAACGGUGGAAUUUAAGAUGAUCAGUUACUAAAAUGUCAGAUAUCACCAGCUUGAACAAUAUGCAGUAACCAGGAUGCUCGUAUUAUCAUAUUUUCCAUAUCAUUAAUAGCAGGACACUACAUAUCCAUGUAAGCACACUCACUGAAAAUAUGUUUUGUGGUAAAUGUAUACUAAACUUUGCUUGAUGUGACACACAUAAAAAUUUUAAGUGAGUGUUUUUUCCAAUAUUUUACCUUUGGUUUAAAACAUUUUCCUACCUUUCCAGUCUUUUAAUAUACUCAAAUAUAAAUUUACCCUCUUAACAUCCAACAAGUCACCAGUAAUCCAUUUUGAGUUCGGGUCUACCCCUUUAUACAGAAUUUUCACCAAAUGGUUACUAAUAUAAAUGGAACUAAGAUAACAGAAGAACUGAAAGGCCAACGUGCUUUUAACACAGUUAAUUUGAAAGGUAACAACUAUCCACAUUUAGCAUGUGGCUAAAGUGCAGCCAUAUAUUCCAAGGGCUUCACUGGUGACCUGGAGGAUGUCAAGGGGUUAAAUCAAGUGCCAGUAAUAUAUGCUACAGGAAAAAACAACAUCUAAGAUCCAAAAAUAUGAUGUCAUAAGUCAAGAUAUGACCUAGAAUUGUCUCAGACAGUAACUCCACUACGCAGACUUUAACAUGUGUCCCUAACCAGCACACACCAUGAACCAUCUGAUCAGCUGUGGAAGAUCUUUUUUUUAUGGUGAACCAGAAUUCCCACUUUCUGGAUAAAACGUUCUGUUAUAGAUAGAAGCCAUCGAAAGAAUAGAUGUAGCUCAUUUUUUACAGGUUAGGAAUGCAGUAAAAUACUUUUCUGUGAGUAUUAGAGUCGCUAUUUUGAUUUCACUCAAACACGCAGCAGAGAGUUUGUAGCAGUAGCCUCCUGACAGCACCACCUUCAGUCAACACAACCAGCUGCUUCUCCUGCACACAUGGAGGUUUCUGCUGGGCUUUAGCUACACUCCUACGUCUGGUGUAGUUAUCAUGUGGAAACAGGCACCAUCAAAGGGACCAAUCAGAACAAAAUUUCUAACUAGUGGAAAUGAACAACAUCACUUGUAUCCACUGGACUAUUGGACACACAAACUACAAGUCCUUCAGCUCUCCAAAUUAAAUACAAGAGAAACAAGACUGUGACCAGCAUGCUGUCAAUUAUAAUACUGGAUCUUACAGCUACUUUAAGUAUCCACUAAACUCUGCCAUAAAUGUCAGUAAUUUCAUAUAAUCACAUAAUUUCAGGACUUGAUGUUGAUCGGUGUUAGGGUCAUGUGAAAGGUGUUCAGUGUGUUCUGUGUUAUAAAGAAGCUGAGUUUUCCUUCAGUUUGCUGAACAUUUCUCUCUGAUCAGAAAUCCUGAGAAAGAGGAAACUUGUGACAACUCUGUUUGAUUUGGAGGUUGUUUCCUCACAUUUCUCCUGGAUUUCCUUAGUGUUUUCUGGACUGCAUGAGCAAUCAAGCAGCACCGCAGUGAAAUGUUUUAUACUCUGAAACUGAAAAAUCAGGUGUUCACAGUUGUAUAUGAAUGAUACCAUGCCGAGCUUCACCUGUUUGUCUGCAUAAUCUUUUUCAUUUAUUUUGGAAUUUAUAAUCUUUUCAUUUUUGUCACUUAUCCUAUUUAAUAAAAACUUACAUUAUAA